GUCUUUCCCGGUAUUCCGCACAAGCGGAAGUGCCUCGUUGCGUCCGGUUGUUCUCUACUUUCGCUUACAAGGCACGUUUUCGGCGAUCUCUGUGCACGAGAGCAGGCUAUCUUGUCUUCUUUAUCCGCUCGACUUCCUUUCUGAAGAAACCUCAACGACUCCAUGACAGACAAAGAGAUGUACUUCGCUUUCGGUUCGAACAUGAACCCGGACCGUAUGCGGUAUCGUAAAGCCUUCUUCACCGAUCGAGUUGGAGCAAAGUUACUCGACUACAAAAUGACUUUCUCUUUUAGGAGACCGGAUGGGGGUGGCGCUUGUAAUGUUAGACCAGUGAAAGAUUCAGUCGUCCAUGGAGUAUUGUACACUCUUAACGCUGGAGGGUUAGACAAACUGGAUGUCUUUGAAAAAGUCUCAGAUGGUUGGUAUCGUCGAGAACGAGUGACGGUUGAGAAUUCUGCUGGAGAAAAAGUGGAUGCGACAACAUAUAUCGUAACAGAGCAGUUUUAUCAAGAGGGCUUAGUUCCACACAGAGAUUACUUAGAACACUGCUUGGCUGGGAGGGAUGUUUUGCCAGCGGAAUACUACAAUUUCCUUGAAUCAUUUAAGAAAGUCUGGAUAUAAGGAAUAACAACGAGAAACUCCAGAAAUUACAUUUCAAAUUUUGGAUCCUAAUGGGGUUUGAACUUUUAAAACUUUAAAAUUCGUUUUUCGUCGAUUGCGAGGGAUGUUUUGAUGUUAGGCAUACGACUUUUGUAGAAAUAAAAAAGGCAGGAAA